AGGUCGUAAGCAAUGGUCAUUGGUGUGUUUCCAGCCGCCAAACUUGGCGUAUUGGCCAUAAAACAGAUUAGCAAGCCAAUUGCCAAUGUGCUCAAGUCCAAUGCGAAGUCGAGUCCAUUCUUCAGGAAGUAUAUUUGCAUGCCGCCGGCUCAGUUUUACAAUUGGGUUGAGGUGAAAACCAAGAUGUGGGCCCUGAACCUGGGCAGACCUGUCACUGUGCCGCCUCUGAACGAGGCCAUGGCCAUUGAGUUGGGUGCCAACCUGCUUGGAGAAUUCAUCAUCUUUGCGAUUGGCGCUGGCCUCUUGAUAUUCGAAUACUCUCGUCAAACCAUCAAGGAGAACAAGAAGAACGAGGCCUUGCAGUUUGAGAAGAUGCAGCUGACGAAUACAUUGACGGAAAUGAAUUUUCGUCUGGAGCGUCAGGAUGCACAAAUCCGUGAAAUGACUCGGGUCUUGGCGGACUUGGACUCGCGCAACAUCUUCAGCUGGCACAAGGAGCCGCUGCAGGAGUACGUUACCUUCGAUCCCAACACGCCAGAUCAGAGUGCCAGCGCAAGGAAUGCCAAAACAUACGAAGGAUUCUAUGAUCCCACGGGCGGAAUGGCGUUUCGUGCCCUCAACUUCCUGCAGACACAAAUCUUCGUCGACGGACGCGAUCGAAAGGCUAAUCAUCAAGUUGAUGCAGUGGCGGUCGAAGUGGAUAGAGCAUUCGAUGAAUCACUAAGUAAGCCACAGGCGGAAGCUCCAGCAACUCGGUCACCAUGACCAGCUCGGGAUAAUAAUGGAUACGCCUGUCACUGCUUGAUUUGAACAAUUUGAGUGUUAUAAAACUAUAUACAAAUAACAUAAAUAGCUAGGUAAAAAGUCAAUAAGUGUAUAUAUCAUGUACAUUGUAACUGUAUUUAAUAAUUUUAUUGUUACUGAAAAAGAGAUGCAAACCAA